GUGGGUUUGUUUCAAAUUUUCUUCCGUUUCGUUUUUGGUCUGAAUUUCAUUGUCUAUGCUAAGAAAUGUAUUUUAAGUCAAUCAAGACUUUUAGUAGUUAGUACAUGCGACACUGUUAAAAACUGUUUGGCUCCUGCUUCAAAAUUCCACGUUGAUUGCUCGAAGCAAUCGUCUGCUUUUGGAAUCUUUUCGGGAGAAAGACACUCCAGGACACCUCAGGACACGGACACUCGAAGCAAAAGGCCGCAAAAAAACACAACCAAAGGGGUCACAGGUCACAGGUCACAGGGCGAAGAACAGGAGCAGCAGCCAGCAGUAUGACGCAGAGCACCACGCCCACCGGCUUCACCGGGAACCGCAACCGCUACUACAACCCCGUCUCCAAGAUCCAGUCGCUUAUCCACAACCUGGACGCGGAGCUGGUCCAGCUGUGCAAGCAGUGCUCCGUGCCCAAGCCCCUGAGCAGCCACAACAACAACAACUAUGCCUCGACCCUCGGAUCGCUGGGUGGUGGUGGCUCGACCUCCCUGGGCAGCAGCCACUUCCGUCCCGAGGUCAUUGGCAACCUGCUGUCCCGCACGCGUGCGGCACACCCGAUCCCAACCAGUUCGUCCCUGGCGCCGGAAGCCCAGAAGCGCCAGAUGCGCAACGUCUACCGCACGCGGGUGAUCGACGCGUACCGCAACCGGCGGAUCUUCACCGUGUACGGGAACUACCACACGGUGCGGCGGGCCCUGAUGCGCCGCGGCUGGCUGGAGAAGCUGCCGGCCUCCCGGCACGCCAAGCUGCAGAGCAUGUCCGAGGAUGCCCUGCUGGAGCACGCGCGGCGCGGCAACGACUACGAGGCGGUGGUCCUGUCCAAGAUGAUCAACCACUUUCCGGCCUUCUUCAUCUGGCAGGGCAAGGGGCAGCGCGACCUGUGCGCCGAGGUGAGGCCCUUCCGCAACCGGGUGCGACGCAGCCAGUUCCUGGACUUCUCCACCAAGGUGGGCCUGGUGGGCUGCGCCGAGCAGGAGCGCUGGUACCGCGAGGACGGCGUCUGCGGGAUGAGCUACCCGCGCUUCUACCGUCUGGGCGGCAACAACCUGGAGGAGCGCAUGGCCUUCAUCGAGGACUACCAGCAGACGCAGGCCCGGUCGCUGCUGCUCUACGUGAGGGAGCACCAGCCGGCGGAGAUGGUCUGCGAGCACGGCACUGUGCAGUUCACCACCCUGGACUUCGCCCUCGGCAAGGUGAAGAAGAUGGUGCGCCACGCGGAGCACUACUCUCUGGACGACGCCAGCAUCAAGCCGCCGACUCCCGCAGAGAUCGUCGAGAACCAGACCUUCAUGGUGCAGUCCACCGACGUGAUCAAGUCCGGCGCCAAGUUCAAGGGCAGCGAGAAGGUGAUGGCGGAGUACGCUCGUCUGGCGGGGCUCUACCUCGACCAGAUCGAGUCGCUGCGGCCGGACUACCGCUGGGACGGCAGCCGCAACCUGUGGAUCCUCAAGCCCGGCUACCAGUCGCGCGGCAUCGGCAUCGUCAUACGCAGUUCCCUCGACGACAUUCUGCAGUGGACGUCGAACAAUCAGAACAAGAAAUACAUCGUCCAGAAGUACAUUGAGCGACCCUUGCUGAUCUACCGCACCAAGUUCGACAUCCGUCAGUACAUGCUGCUGACCAUCACGGACACAAAGGUGAGCGUCUGGACGUACCGCGACUGCUAUCUGCGCUUCAGCUCGCAGGAGUUCACAAUGGACGACCUGCGCGAGUGCAUCCACCUGACCAACAACUCGGUGCAGAAGCGGUACAAGAACAAGAGCAACCGGGACCCGAGGCUGCCCAAGAGCAACAUGUGGUCGCUGGACCAGUUCAAGGACUACCUCCGCCACAUGGGUGCUGCGGAGGGGGCGUGGUCAAAGACCUACAACGGAUUCAAGCAGAACCUGGUGGCGGUGGUGAUGGCCAGCCUGGACGAGACGGAGCUGUUGCAGAACGCCUUCGAGCUCUACGGAUGUGACUUCAUGCUCGACGAGCACUACAACCCCAUCCUGAUCGAGAUCAACUCGACGCCGGAUCUCUCGCCCUCCACCGAAAUCACGGCCAGGAUCUGUCCCAUGGUCCUGAAGGACUGCAUCCGCGUGGUGGUCGACCUGCCCAAGAACCCCACCGCCGGCACUGGGCUCUUUGAGCUGGCCUUCGAGGUUAACUACAGCAUCGACAAGGGCGCGGACGGCAAGCCGCUGGAGCUGAAUGGCAAGCAGAUGACCCUCUUCGAGAACGUGCCCAAGAUGCGGAGCAGCCCGCGGUCGCGGCUCUUGCGUAAGAUUCUGAACAACGUGAAGCCUUCCACCAGCAGGAAAGUCGAGAAGGUCAAGGAGGCCCAAGCUAAAAAUGAGAAAGCCGCUGCUAAGAUCUCCAAAAAGAAGAGAAUGGUGACCUCUGCUGGGAGUUUAAGUGAGGCCUCGGCCCAGCCAUCAACGCAGAUCUUGGCAACCAAGACCACACUAAAUCAAACAACUCGUGAAAACCUGGCACUCCAAUAUACUGCUCCCAAGUAAAGCUGAACAGAAGGACAAGUAUACUUGUUACACCUUCUUCAGUAAGCAGUUCUAACAACAAAAUUUACAGAACUGUGUCAGUAUCUACUAAAUAUUUAAGGAAAUAGAAAUCGGCAAUCUUAGUGGGGAAAUAUAUUGAGGAAGUUUUCAUUACCCAGAAUUGAUUGAUCCCCGCAAAGUGCUCGCAAAUAUAAGAGAAAUUACUUCUCAAUGUGGCAAAGUUCCUUUGAAAAACAGUUCCUGGUAGUGAAAACACAUAACUCUUAAAUAACUCAUCAGUUCCCAAAUCAAAUCAAGUUUUAUUGAAUUUGGUAGUCAAUAACAUAUGCAAGUUUUGAUAACAAUAUUUCUAAUAAACUCGUCUCAAGAAUUAAUAAACAUGUACAUAUAUCAUUGAUUAGUCAGAUGCCAUUAAAAA